AUCAAAGAACCCUUCUUUCAUAGCUUUCAGUUGACAGACAGGCACUGCACGCUCAAACAGUUCUGUCCUUCAAUCAAACUAUCUGUCAACAUGCCGAAGCGCAGUCAGAAGCAUGCAUCGGAGGACGAUUCGGAGGUUGCGCUCGACGAGGAGUACGAGGCCUCGGAGGACGCGCCUUCAGACGACGACAGCGAUUACGAGGAGCAGCCCGCCAAGAAGGGCAAGAAGACGCCAUCUAACAAGGAGAACAAGCCGCCUGCAAAGUCUGCAAAGACGCCCAGUAGCGGAGCCAAGCCGCAGGAGAAGGUGAUCGAGCGCCUCCGCAAGUCCCUCUACUCGAGCAUCAACGCCCAGAUGGUCUACAAGAAGGGCAUGAAAUACGGCAGCUCGCGUGUGAACGUGGAGAUUCCCAACAUGACCCCCGCCGACGUCGAGGCGAUGCUGGGGGACAAGCUGUACGGCCGCGCCAGCAAGGGGCCCAAGCAGGUGUCAGUGACCACGGGCUGCUCCGACGAGCUGGAGGACGUCAUGGGCAGGGCUCCGUACAAGAGCCUGCGGUACGGCGCGGCGCUGGUGCUGCACAACGACACCGUCAAGCUGGUGUACAGCCGCGAGACCGGCAUCCUCAAAGCCACGGCCGCCUGCGUCAUGCUCAAGUAGAGCGGCGGCUGGGCGGAUGCGCGGGCUGGUGCGUGGGCUGGUUCGGGAUGCUCAAGUAGGACUGGUCAUCGGCUGCGGGAUGCUGUGAGAGAGCACAAGCUAUCGGGUGCCCCCUCAUGGCAGUCCCAUGGGCUUACAGGUGCAUGGGCGGACCAGGGUGGCCUUGCGGGAGAGGCGAGGGAGCAGCGGAGCCGCGCAUGACACGCACGCUGAUGGGUGCUAUGUUUGGCGCGGGACCACAGACGGCUUCGUGUGACGGCCAUAUGUAUGUGAAGUGCGUGGGUGUGGGUGUGUGGCGGGCGCUGUUAUGGAGGUGCUUAGGACAGAGGCGGAUGUGAGGGCAAGCCUACGAAAGUCCGUGGGCUCUGCUGCAGGUGGGGAGGGGCGUACCUGUGGCGCGUGUGGGCCGAAGGUUUGAGCUGUGCUGGACAAACAUUAGGCCGCGGGCAAUGUGCUGGAAGCCGUCCCUGUACAUGCAUACGGUGGGCCGACAGUGUUUUGCCCGGCCGUGUGGGCCUAGCUAAAGAAAUACCGGUACUGUGGCUGGCGCUGCCGGGUGAUAAAUGUUCGUGAGGUCGAGAUGACUGAUGUGUUGUCGCGUGAAUGCAGGGGCAAGCUGCCAUGAGCUGGAUGGGCGUAGAAUAAAGGCAUGUGUGUGUGCGCGGGCGGGUGUGUGUUUGGUCUGGUUCACUUGCAUCUCUGGCGGUACAUUGCACCGCACCGCAAAGCACGCUCUGUCGAGGUGUGUGUAGGCGGCUGCGUAGGAGGCAAGUGGCCGUAGUGUGAUGACGCUGCGUAGGAUGUCGGUAUUAUUAGGCAGGCUGGCUAUCUCACAGAAACAUCUGGCUAUCAAUAGUUAGGGGCUACGUGCACUUGCUGGGGCUAGGCUCCCUUCCGGUGAGUGUUUGUGUACAUAUAUAUUAUGGCAUCGGUAGAAACUGGAUACGGAUACUGUUUGCAUGCGUCACACGUGGGUAUACCCGUAUGGGCGUGUGGGCGGUGUUAUGGCCAUUACUCCCGCAUUCCCCGGAUCCCGGGGUGUACGUCGGCAUCGCUGCUUGAAUUGCGACUACCGCUGAUGUAAUCUGAGUCAUGA